AUGGGGGUUCGAUUUUGUACAGACGGCAAUUUAAUUUUAAUUGUGAUUGAGGAUUCCAAAGAAGAAAUUAGGUUGAAGCAGAAGAAGCAGCAGAAGCAGAAGGAGCAGCAGAAAAAAGAGAAAAAUAUAAAAGAAAGAAUAAAAGCAGCCAAGAAGAUCCAGGCCUGGUGGCGUGGCACCCUGGUACGCCAGACAUUGUUACAUGCAGCCCUCAGGGCCUGGAUCAUUCAGUGCUGGUGGAGACUGACAAUGGACAGGCUGCGGCAGAAGAAGCGGAGGGCAGCCCUAAUUUCCUACGCACACACAGAGAGGGCAGUGGUCAAGAUCCAGUCUUUGGUCCGUAUGUGGCGCAUCCACUGGCGAUACUGCCAGGUGCUCAAUGCCAUCUACAUCAUCCAGUACCACUGGCAAUGCCACAACUGCCAGACCUGUGCUCUUCUCCGGGGCCACUGUGUAGUCACAGCCAAUCACCUGCAGUUCCACAUUGAAAUCAUCAACCCCUAA